CGAGUCUUUUCCUUCUUGACUUUUUACAACUUUUGGGUCGUCUGCUCUGUUCUCACUGCUCCGACCUCCGAGCAUAAAUAUGGCUCCCAUUCGUCUCUCAAGCAAACAUCCAAUCCUUCUCUUCUACCCCUUGCUCUUGCUUCUCUAUUGAUUAUUGAAUCUUCUUCUUUUUCUCUCAAAAUCGGAAGUAUGGGUGGUGAUCAUCGGCAAGCUUCUUCAAGUUCAAGGAGCCCUGAAACCGUUCUGCCGAUUGCGGCAGUUCCGAUUGACUUUGAAGAGGGAGUUGUGGCACCCAUUUUUUCAUCCUAUAAUUACCAUAUACGACCUUUGCUCGACACUAUUGACAGGCUCAGGCUGCUCCAGGUCAUGAAAGAAGGCAUACAGCUGCCCACCAUUGUCGUUGUUGGUGACCAGUCCUCCGGAAAGUCCAGCGUUCUCGAAUCACUUGCCGGCAUCCACCUUCCUCGUGGCCAGGGAAUCUGCACCAGAGUUCCCCUGAUUAUGCGGCUCCAGAAUCAAGACACUACUGAACCAGAGCUUUUCUUGGAGUACAGUGGAAAAACGGUUCCCGUGGAAGAAGACCACAUUGCUGACGCCAUUAGUCUUGCCACCGACGAGAUUGCCGGCAGCGGUAAGGGUAUUUCCAACACUCCCCUGACUUUGGUGGUGAAGAAAAACGGUGUUCCGGAUCUUACGAUGGUGGAUCUUCCCGGAAUCACCCGAGUCCCUGUUCACGGUCAGCCGGAGAACAUUUACGAGCAGGUAGCUGAGAUGAUUAUGGAGUAUAUAAAGCCGGAAGAGAGCAUAAUCCUGAAUGUUCUCUCAGCAACCGUUGAUUUUUCUACCUGUGAAUCCAUAAGGAUGUCGCAGCAGGUGGACAGGAGUGGCCAAAGGACUCUGGCCGUCGUGACAAAGGCAGAUAAGUCACCGGAAGGGCUACGCGAGAAGGUCAGUUCCAAUGAUGUCAAUAUUGGGCUUGGUUAUGUCUGUGUGAGAAACAGGGUCGGUGAUGAAUCUUUUGAAGAAGCAAGGAGGGAAGAAGAAAAUUUGUUCGAAAACCACGCUCUGCUUUCGAAGAUGGACAAAUCCAUCGUCGGAAUUCCGGUUUUGGCAGAAAAGCUGGUUCAAGUUCAGGCAAAUAUCAUUGCAAGAUGCCUACCCAAGAUUGUGAUGAACAUCAAUGAAAAGCUGAGUGCAAACGUGAUGGAGCUGGAGAAGAUGCCGAAGAUUCUGUCCUCCCACGCGGAAGCCAUGACUACUUUCAUGCAGAUCAUCGGCUCGGCGAAAGAAUCUCUGAGGAAAAUUCUGUCGAGAGGGGAAUUUGAUGAAUACCCAGAUGACAAGGAAAUGCAUGGAAGUGCCCGAUUUGUCGAAAUGCUCAACAACUUCUACAACGAGCUUCACAAGAGCGUUGAAAAUGAACAAACCGGUGACUUUUUGAUGGAAGAAAUUAAGGUUCUUGAGGAAGCCAAAGGGAUUGAAUUGCCCAAUUUCCUCUCUCACUCAGCUUUCCUCUGCAUUCUUCAGAGGAAAGUCGAUAGGAUUUCAAGCAUGCCUACUGACUGCGUUGAACAGACAUGGGACUACAUCGAAAGCGUUGUGAUUGCUAUUUUAAAGCGUCAUUCGGAAGACUAUCCACAACUUAAGCUUGCAACAACAAGAGCAGCUAAAAGCUUGAUAUCUAAAAUGAAAGAACAGUCAAUAAAUCGGGUUUCGGAGAUUGUGCAAAUGGAAAAGCUGACAGAUUAUACAUGUAACCCUGAUUACAUGUCUGAAUGGGGCAACCUCUUGUCCCAACAGCAGAAGUUCAUGGAAGAUCUUAAAAGUUGUUAUGGUUAUAAUUCGACAACCAUUGAAGGUUGGGGGACAAUUCAGAUCGAGCAUCUAAGGGGGAAAUCGGAUACUAUUCUUCAGCAAGCUUUUGACUUGAAGACGAGGAUGAAAGCAUAUUGGAAGAUAGUUCUGAGGAGGUUGAUGGACACCAUGGCUCUCCUUUUGAAAUUUAAUGUGCACAAUCUGGUGACUAAGGAGAUGGAGAAGGAAAUUUUCAUGGAGCUGCUGGGUGCGGAUGGUGGAAAAUCUAUUGAGAGGAUUCUGGAGGAGUCGCCCGGUAUUGCUGGGAAAAGAGAGAGGCUGAAGAGGAGUAUUGGUUUGUUGAGGGAGUCCAAGGAGGUUGUGGCUCAAAUAACGGACAAAAUUGCUUCCUGUGGUGAUUAAGGUAAUUUAAUUAGUCUGGGGCAUCAAAUGGUUUGUUUUCUUUUUGUUAAUUUUGAACUGUCUGUGUGCUUUAUAUAUGGUUGUUGUUUUUUUUUCUUUUAAUCAGCCUGUGUGCUAUAUAUGUAAUGUAACGAAAUAUUAAGAUGCCCUCAACUGUGGUUUUAUUUCCUGCCUUAAAGUAAUGUUUUGUUUUUUCCUGCCUUGCAUCAAAAAUGAAAUAUAUAAGAUGAACUCUA